UGUGCGACUUUCUUGCGGGACUGUUUAAGCUGGUUGCGACUGCGCAGCAAAAAAAAGUAAGAAACAAGAUCGCAAAUCGGAGUUCGAGUUUUGUGCUUUGCUGAACGAAUCGCGUGCGCGGUUUUCGUAGUCGCGUGCGCGCGUUUCCAGGGCGUUUUGCGCGCGAUUUUCGCCUGGCUUCAAUUUCGUGCGCUUUUUCGCCAAUUGGCCAAUGAACUGCGGGCCUCCAGAUCGAAACCGAAAUCGAAAUGGAAAUGGAAAUGCAUUUCAGAGGGGGUGCUUGCAAAUGAAAUGAAAAUCCCGCCUGCAGCUGGCACUCAAACUUAAUCUGUUAUUGUGCGGCUACCUUACAAAUAGUGCUCGUAAAAAGUCUGGCAACAGUAAAAAUCCAUUCAGUGCGGCCAUAAAACCAAAUCAAAACAUAUACACUCGACUAUGUGAAGUUUUAUCUGCCCUAUUCCAAGACAAGACAAUCAUACAUAUAAAGUAAUAUUAACAAAAGACCAAACUCGUUUCGAUCGGCAACAAACAUAUAUAUGCGAGUAUAAAUAAAAAAGGCAAAUUAAAUUAAAUUUAUUUUUAAUUACUCGCUGGCCAAAAGAUCACAUAAAGAGCGUGCAAUAAAAUAUUUGUAUCAGUAAAUUAAUUAUAUUGUAUAUAGAAAAACAUGUUGCAAUAAAGCGGUCUUAACGACACACAAAUAAAGAAACAGAGGCUCUAAUUCAGCCGUCAAAAUUCAGAUUCAGUUCAAUCUUCAGCCGUGUUCGCGUCGGACUGAAAUACAACAAAUGAAACACCAAAAACAAAAAAUAAUAAUAAUAAAAACAAAAGACUUAGGCAACGAACUUGCUGCCACUUUGUGGUGUCAUUUGCUUACACAUACACACACACACAUAACCCCACAGAUAACGGCUCUUCGGGCGCCUCCGGAUUGCCGAGUGAUAUCAGUCGUAACAAACUAAUUGACAACUCAAAUCCUGCCAAACCACGUAAACGCAAGCCCCAGCUCCAGGGAGCGAGAAAAGGAGAAAAACAGAAAACAAUUGUUAAACAACGUUUCGCCUGCCAUUCGGGCUGUCGGAUUGUUUGGGGGGACUUCAACUUCAACUUCAGAUACAGCUUCCAGUGCAACUUCAAUCAAAUCGCUGCCCCAACGACAAUUGCCAAGUGUGCCGCUUAAUGUCUUCAAAUGCAUUUCACCAACACUGGCAGGCUGGAUAACAAAAAACGAAAAAAAAAAACAGCUGAAAUAAAUUUACAUAAAUAUUUCACUUGCCAGUUUUUGCUGCCUGCCAACCACAUCCGCGUUUCAUAGAUUUAGCCUGGCCAAGAGAGUAUCUGUGUCUAUUGUAUGUGCGUUUGUUUAAGUCGCGAGUGUGUGCCUUACUUCUGCGCGAUUCCAGACCGAUUUCGAUUCUGAGGAGCCGUCAAUAGCAUUUGCCUUGCCGCAGUGCACUGAGCUGGCAUUUCCUCCUGCGAUCGCACAUUCUUCCUGCUCCGCCGCCGCACGGGGGGCAGCCAAAGUAAUGAGACUGUCCGGCAAUAUGUCAGAGUCAGUGCCGUAAACUGGACCAACACAACAGUAGCGACAUCCCCACAGCCACCAGGUCAAUAAAAUAAUACAUCUUCCCUUGAACUCGAACCAUUUAUUGGUUUUUAAGGCGCUACUCUGGCGCUUCAGGCUCACCAAAUGAUCGGCACCGAGGACCUUUCCGCAUCGGCUGGUAUGGACAUCAGCGAAUCCUUCCGGGCCGAGGAUCUUUCAAAAGCGGACUUCUUCGACUUUGUCACCGGACCCGACAUGGGCAUCGGUAUUGGCGUGGGCGUUGGUGUUGGUGUGGGCGUGGAGGCCCUCGGCGUUAGCCUGCACCAGCAGCAGCACCACCAUCAUCCCAACCACCAGCCGCAUAGUCACAACAACAACAACAGCACCCACAUCCAGGUGGUGCACCAGCCAGUUUCGUCCCAGUCCCAGCAACAACAAGGCCUCUGCAGUGGGACUGGGUCCCGAAUCCACGACGCAGGUGGCGGUGGAACAGUGGGCGGCGGUGGUGGCGUCGUAGUGCCAGUGGGCAGUCGCAAUGGUAGCACCAAUGGCGGUGAUCCUACGUUACAAGGAUACGAGUUCUGGCACCAGGACAAGGACAACAGCCGCCUCGACUCCAGCUCUUUCUUCGAGGAUCUGGAUCGCUACUGCUGGCAACAGCAAACUGUAACUGCACCCACUGCCAGUAAUGGAGGAACCACCAGCAACAACCAGCCCAGUCCCACCUCGCCGCAAUCGCACCAGCAACAGCACCAACAACAGCAAAAUCAGCAGCAGCAGCCUCAACACCAGCAGCUCCAACAACAGCAGCAAGGAAACGCCGGGAGCUCCUCGGGGGCAUCCAGUGGAGCGGGAAGCAGCAGCGACACGAUCAGCAGCCUGGACACCACCGACGGCCAAAUCUACACCCUGACAGUAUUAAACGGCGGAGAGCCUUGGCUGAAGCGCUCCGAGGCGGAGCAGCUGCCCAGUGCCCUGGAUCUGGACAGUUUGCUGGGCAGUUUUCCGGGGUACAUCAAGUCCGAAUAUCCAUACGACGACAGCGGCUUCAGCACAGAUGGUAAGGAUGUGAUUGUGAACGGAGGCGGCGGCGGAGGAGGAGGAGCAGGCAGUAUUCCCCAGGCCCAGAAUCAAACGCAAACCCUACCCUCGCUGGUCACGGCCAUUUCGAUAGCCGGUGGCAACGAUUUGGGCCAGCAGCUGGCCCAGUUCCAGAACAACAACAACGACUGGCACAUGGCAGAUCACAAUGCCGAAACGGAGCAGAGCACAGCAGAAUCCUUACUGAGGAGUGCGCUCCAGGGCAAGGGCUAUGGCAAAGGACUGCACAUGCAGAACGGCCUGGUCAUGCCGGUGGUGAAGGAUGAGGAUAUGCGGCGAUUACUGUUUGCGGAUGAGACUGCGGAAGCCUUGGGAUUUGCGGACUCUACGCUCAGUGCUGCCCAAAUAUUCGACGAGGCCCAGGGUCUGCACAUCAACUCCCAGCAUCAGCAGCAGCAACAGCAGCACAACAGCAACGCCAACAUCAUUGUGGACGACAUGUUUGUGUCGCUGGACGCCUUCAGCGAUGAUUUCGAGAAAAUGAAGCGCUUAGCCAACGAAGUGCAGCAGUUCUGCAGUGGCGGCUCAACGGGAGCACCCACUCCUGUCGGCGAUUAUGGACCGCCCGGUGGGGGAGAUGUGCUAAUGCAAAUAUCCCCCAGUCCUGUGCAGUCUGCUUCGGUGCAAUUGCAGCCACCACAACCGCUGAAGCCGGAGGUCAGCACAUCCACCUCCCCCAGCUCCGCUGGUAACGCCUCCCGGUCCUCCGGUGGAGUAACCAAGCCCAAAAAGCAGUACAAACGCAGCAGCAGCAACAACAAUAAUCCCAAUGUGGCAAACAACAACAGCAGCAACGGCAGCAAUCCCCUGGGCGGCGGUGUUCUCAGCGGUAGUGGGAGUGGCAGCUCUUCCUCUAGCGGCAGUGCCAGCAGUAGCAGCAACAGUCCACCCGCCAACUCCGGCGGCAGCUCGUCCUCCUCCUCCGGAGGUGGGCAGCGGAAGGAGCGCUCUCUACACUACUGCUCCAUAUGCUCGAAGGGAUUCAAGGACAAGUACUCGGUGAACGUGCACAUACGCACCCAUACGGGGGAGAAGCCCUUUGCCUGCUCCCUCUGCGGAAAGAGUUUCCGGCAGAAGGCCCACCUGGCCAAGCACUACCAGACGCACAUGACACAGAAGAACAACGGCAACCUGAUCAAAGGCAGUUCCGGCAAGCACCAGCGGUCCAGUGGCUCCUCCUCGGCGGCGGCAGCGGCAGCAGCAGCAGCAGCGGCGGCGGCAGCGGCUGCGGUCUCCCUCAACCAGCGGCAAGUGGGAGGCGGAGGAGGCGUGGGGCCGCCCAGCCUGCCCGUGAUGAUCAGCAAUCCCAAUACACCGCCCGGAGUGCUGCCCCCAGCCAAUGGCCUGCUAACCAACCGGUAGUGGCAAAAAGGCAGGGACAUCCCGGCUAAAACUAUUUCUUGUUCCUUACUCACAAAAAAGAAAGACGCAAACUCGAAACACAAAUGAAAAUAAGAAACUAUACUAUAAUCUAUAAAAACGCCUUUAAAAUACAAUACUCCCAACUCGAAUUUACGUCAUUGAUGAAUUCCUAUUUCAGCUUUCUGUGCAAUUCCUACUAUGCCCACACAAACCAAUAAACACACUCUAAGCACUUCCAAAUACAAUACUCAAUAAUUAAUGUACAUUUAUACGAAGCAAGUUAAUUUUAAAUGUGCCAAAUUUUGAAGAUUUUAAUUACGCUACUACCAGUUAAAGUUAAACUAAAAUAAUCGUAUGCUAGAGAUAGAAGUGUAACGAAGCUAAUGAAGAAAUUCUACGAGUGGUGAUAUCAAAAUGAGGCCAAACGCUUCCUUGCUAAAUUAGAGAAAACUUUUAUAGUUUUUUUUUUGAUAAUAUUAUUAAUAAAAUCCUCCAAUUAAAUCCUACUCACCCGCAGUUCUUCACAGUCUUCAAAAAAAUAAAUAAUAAAUAAACAAAACUAGCCCAGCACGAUGCGUGUUUUUCCUGUAAAUUGAAAGUAUUUGUUUUCUUAGUUGCUCUGCCCAAAUUAGCAUAAAAUUGUUUGCUAGUGUUAAUGUAUAUAUACUCAUAAUUAAAUAAAACUAAAGCCAGCAAGGGGAAUGCCAAUAGUUUGAGGAAGGAGCACUGAUCUGAGGCACUAAAUUCGAAACUCAUCCUUUGAAGCUCAUCCUACCACAACUCCCCCAAUCGUUUCUCCUUCAAGGAUCUCUUUGAUCUCUCGGGCCCAGUGUUCACCGACUUCAAAGGCAUUCUGUAUAUUACUAAAUAACUUUAAAAAUAAUUAUAAUUAUUAAAUAAAUGUAUUGUACACUCCAGCGUUCAGAAGUUGUUAACAGAAUGCAGCUCAACUUGCACUUGCCAUUAUUUUUUGUAUUUGAUAUUUGAUAACACAAAGCAGCGCAUUACUAAAGCGAACUCCCUACAAUUAAAUAAUAACAAAUCGACAUUCCCCUAACUUGUGAAAUAAGCCUAGACUAAGCUAAUUGAUAAAUCAACCGUAGUUAAUGGUUAAUAAAACUGCCAAUUAUUUUGUGAUAGUUUUUAAUGGACAUUAGCUUAAGAUUACGCAAAAAUAUCUUCAAUGGUGUUUGGGUUAUGUAACGUUUUAACGAUUUUUGUUAUAAACUGUGUACACUUUGCAAUACGAGUAUUUUCUGCUAAUUUAUUGAACUUAAUAGUUUAUGUACAUAGAAAGAAAGAUAUAGUAUAUACAUAUACUAUAUAUAAAAUCAUUUGAAAAGAGAAAUAGGGAGAGCGAUCCUUGUUUGUAACGGAGCCUAGGCUAAGCCACACAUCGAAAAUCUUAGUUAAAUCUUUGUUAGUUAUUAUUUAUGCACACACACACAAAGACACGAAAAAGACAACAACACACACUCCAAACAUACACAUCCAUCUGCGGUUAAGUUUUGCAUUAAUUUUUUUAGUAUUGCAAGCAUUAAAAAUAAAGAAAUCUAAAACGUUUUAUUGACAA